UGAAUUACUAUGUCCUCUCUGACCAAACAAUUCGUGAUCACCCAAUCCGUCAAAAAUGUCUCGAGCAUCGCAGACGGAGGUGAGCACGUCACCCCAUCGGAAAUUCAUUAUGGUACUGAGUGGUACAUGCGGAUCAAACGGGAUAACGGAUUCAUGAGUUUCGGAUUGUAUUGUCCAAUGACUGGAAAAACUACCAAUUGGUCAAUUGUAGCUGAUAUCAGGGUCGAACUAAUGCCGUUAACUGGAAUGUGGAAAUCAGUAGAAUGCGAGUGCAAAAUAGCCAAAUCACCCAGCCUCAUCAGUGAAGUAUUGCGGUCGACCAUAAUGCCUUGGGGCAGAAUGAUGACAAAUUACGUAGUUGAUGAUGCUCUCAUGAUUGAAGUUUUUGUGACAAUCAAAUCCAUGACUGGAUUCGAAAGACCGUAUAACCUCCGAAGCUUCGACGAAUCAAUGGAAGAGUUUUCCGACGUGGUUCUUCUGGUUGGGGAGAAGAAGUUUUAUGUUCUCAGAAAAUACCUCGCUGCCCAGUCCAAGUACUUCAAGGCUCUUCUUCUUGGCUCCUUCGAAGAAGGGAAGAGCUCCGAAGUCACCCUCACUAGCAUCGAUCCUAAUGACUUUCAGUUCUUCCUGGAAGUUCUCUACGGGGAUUCAGCUAUUAAUGAUCUAACCGUGGAGGGCAUUCUUCAUAUUGCAGACAUGUAUGACACACCGAUGGUCGUUCGAAAGUGUGAGGAGUUUUUGAUUAAAGGGACAAAGUUGCCGGCGAAGAAGAAGUUGCAGAUGGCUUUUAGGUACAAAAUGGAGAACUUUAUGAGAAACUACUACGCUGAACUAGGAAAUUGACAUUCUACAGUUCUAUUGUUUCUAAAUCCCAUUGGAAUUUUUUUUGUUAAAUUUAAUUUUUGAACCUGAAUAAAUGAAAAUAUC